AUGGGAGAGAAAGUAUUUAUCAAAGUGGCACCAAUGAAGGAAAUACUACGAUUUGGUAAGAAAGGGAAGCUAAGCCCUAGAUUUAUCGGUCCAUUUGAGAUUCUUGAAAAGAUUGGGAAUGUGGCAUAUCGAUUAGCAUUGCCACCCGAGCUUUCAGCAGUGCACAACGUAUUUCACAUUUUUAUGUGGAGAAAGUACAUUCCAGAUCCUAAUCAUGUGGUGAAUGUUCAAUCACUGGAUGUCCAAAGUGAUAUGACUUAUGAGGAAGCUCCUGCAGUGAUUCUGGAGAGAAAGGACCAUGUCUUGAGAAAUCGAAAAGUCCCACUAGUCAAAGUCCAGUGGAGUAAACAUGGUGAGGAUAAGGCUACUUGGGAACGAGAAGAGGACAUUUUAGCCAAGUACCCCGAUCUCCUUAAAACAA